CAGAAGAAGACUCCAAGCUGGUAGCUAACAGAUUAUUGUGAAUCAACAAUCAAGUUUUCAGUAUUGAAUAUGGAUAUCCUUAAAGCCGAAAUCGCAAGGAAGAGGAAGGUGAUGGAAGAGAAACACCUUGUAGAUGAUUCCAAAAAAUACUUCAAGCGAGCUGAUCUUGCACGGAAGGAGGAGGAAGAGUAUUACAAAAGAUGUGGUUACAAGGUUGCUAUUGAAAAGCCCGCGGGACAGCCAGAGGAGAAAAAGGAAGAGGCGAAGCCAUCCAGUUCAACCAAUCCCGUGCUCGAGCUGGAGCUGACGGAGGAGAAACUUCCGAUGUCCCUCUCUCGACAGGAGGUGAUCCGCCGGCUUCGGGAGCGUGGAGAGCCUGUCCGGCUGUUUGGCGAGUCCGACUAUGAAGCCUUCCAGAGGCUGAGGAAAAUUGAGAUCCUCGCACCAGAAGUCAACAAGGGCUUGAGGAAUGACCUGAAGGCUGCCAUGGACAAGAUUGACCAGCAGUACCUCAAUGAGGUUGUGGGAGGACAAGAGGCCGGUGAGGUCGACACACAGCACGACCUGAAAGUGCACGAAGAGAACACCACCAUAGAGGAACUGCAGGCAUUGGGAGAGUCCUUGGGCACUGGAGAUGACAAUGGUGACCAGGACGUCAUUCACAAAGUCUUGAGGUUCUUGUUAGGUGUGUGGGCUAAGGACCUGAAUUCAAGAGAGGAUCAUGUCAAGCGAAGUGUCCAGGGCAAGCUGGCCAGUGCUACUCAGUCACAGACGGAAUCUUACCUCAAGCCCCUCUUCAGGAAGCUGCGCAAGAAGACUUUGCCCGCAGACAUCAAAGAGUCCAUCACAGACAUUAUCAAGUUCAUGCUGCAGAGAGAAUAUGUGAAGGCCAAUGAUGCCUACCUACAGAUGGCCAUUGGCAACGCCCCCUGGCCCAUCGGAGUGACCAUGGUGGGCAUCCACGCCCGUACGGGACGAGAGAAGAUCUUCUCCAAACACGUGGCACACGUGCUGAACGACGAGACCCAGCGCAAGUACAUCCAGGGAAUGAAGAGGUUGAUGACCAUCUGCCAGAAGCAUUUCUCCACAGACCCCUCUAAGUGUGUGGAGUACAAGGCCCUCUGAUUUUCUACGGAGAUGAUGUCCUUUGUGUGUGUGUGUGUUUGUGUACACACACAAUAAACACUCACACAUUUGUCCAUGUGUAAAUAGAGGAGGACAUGUCAUUCUUCAAGUUAUUUUUACACAAAUGUCCCAACACUGCUUCAUCAUGCAUUGUCAGUGUGAUAAUAUUUUCAGUGUCACAAACGGCAAUGGGCUACAGCUAUGUGUGUCGACUGGCUGUGUGUGCGUGCAUGCGUGUGUGUGUGUGUGCGUGCGUGCGUGCGUGUGUGUGUGCGCAUGCGAGAGAGGAAAGAAAAGCAAAGCAGAAUUGUUUUUUUGGGGCUGAUGAGGGACGAGGUGCCUAAGUUUUAUUAUGCAGAUCUCUCCAGACCAGUGUGGAGUGGUGGGUGGAAAUGGCCUAUUUUAGAGCGGCGUCUAUUUUAGGACCCAAACUGUCUUUGACCAUCGUGUUCACCUGUAUUUUUGUGUUUUAAUUAAACAUUCUCAACCAA